CAGCAACAUACCGUGUAAAACUCGAAUGUAUCAUCAUGAAGUGGAGAGAGGUCGAAGGCUAAAAAGAACGCGUAGAGGGGCAAGUAAAAUGCGUUUAGUUGUACCGGUGUAGUAUCAAUGUUGAUGGCAUAUAAUGUACAGUAUAUAUCCAAAUACCGCGUUGUUCACUUUCCUACACUUGUAUCAUGAAGAACAGUGAUGAAUCCAUCACUCUAGUUUUACAAAAUCUCCAAAUUUGGGAGACAAGGACAAUAAAUUUACCAAGGGUAAUGUGAACAAAGAAAAAAACGUGAAGGAAAUCUGCUUGGUUCAAGGAAACUUUCAAUGGACAAGUGAUCAAUCGAUCGACUGCACAUUUCUAACAAGACAACAACCGUAAAACCUGAAAAGUUUUAUUAUAAAACAAGAUAAUUGUUUAACAAUAUUUUGAAUAUUAAAUUUUUAUAAUGAAGAAAUGAAUAAUUUGUUUUUAAAAAACCCAAUUUGAGAGAAAAUGCAUCUCCUGCUGACAAUUUUGUUUCUCGGGUGGCCGAGCACUUUCGUGGAAGCAAGUACUGGAAUAGAAACACAGCAGGAUGUUCAGGAAUCCGUAAAAAUUGGCAAGUGUUGUGAGCUCAACGAGAUUUUAGUUGAUGACACGUGCACAUUGUUGAGUGAAACUAACGAGACAAAGCCAUGGCAACCGGAAUUUAUAGAUGACAAUUUUCCUGUUAUUAGUCGAAAGCCCACGGUCAAGUAUCAAAUGAGGAUCGGUUUACCAACUUGUCGUAGUAAUGAACAUCAGUGGCCAGUUUAUUAUGAACCGCAUGGACAAGAUCGACUAGCGAUAUUGACUUCAGGAAAAUUACGUCAUUUUGUUCAUGAUAGGUGGGGAGCCAUCGAUGGAGAGAGAUUAAUUUCUGAACAUAAUCCAGCAGAUGAUCAUGAUGAUAGUAUUACAGUAGAACCCCUGCAUUUUGAUUAUUCAUUUGGACAUUAUUGUGCUGAUAAAGCAAUCUUCAGCAAAAAUAAUUUUGUCACGACUUAUGCUAUGAUAUGUGUUCCUAAAAUAGCUUGGACUGAUCCUGAUUAUCUGAUUAAACAUAUCGUAGAUCCUGUUACACGAGCAUUGGCUAUAGCAUGUUAUCUUUUUGUCGCGAUUGUUUAUUUUGUUCUACCACAACUUCGAGAUCUCGUUGGAAAUAUGAUUACGAGUAUGUCAUUAUGUCUUGUAACCAAUCAAAUUGCUGUCACUGUCAGAAUAUUUACUCAAUACGCAAGUCACAUCAGCUUUCUUAUUGCAGAUACUGUGGCUUACAUUUCUUUGUUGGCAGCAUUUUUUUGGUUGAAUGCUCUCGGCUACUUUGUCUGGAAUACCUUUCGAUCACGCAACGUAUUUUUGCGAGUUUCGGAUGGUCGAAAAUACUGUUAUUACUCAACUUACGUUUGGGGAUCUACAACAACAAUUUCAGGGACUGCAAUUUUCGCUCAUUUUGCAUUGGAGACAAGCAAAACAGUUAUUGAAAGCAAUGGUAUUUCCAAUCCUCAAGAGACUAUUGGUACACUUGGCAUGUCGGUGAUAUUUACCUCAAUUGCAUUUACAAUUAUUGUUGAUUUUUGUUUCAUUUUAACGACAGCAAGUACUAUAAAACAAAUGCGCACUUAUGGAAGAAUACAUCAUAAAAUGAAGUACAGUUUCCGGAUGUUUACAUUGCUAUUUGCUUUUUUAAGCUUCGGAUGGUUAACUUUGAUGAUCUCACAAUUGAAAUAUGAUCAUCUAAUAUAUUUUCAUAUUGUUGUUAAUCUUUUACAAGCAUUUCUUGUGUUGUAUGUGUGUGUUUUUGGACAAAAACGAGUAACUUUCCUCUUACGUAAAACGUGUAACUGUUGUGACAGUGAACACAAUACUGCCGAUGGUCUCGAUUGGGGUGAAGAAAUGACAGCAAUUAAUGCAGGAUAUUAAUUAAACAUGUCAACUCCAAGUGCAAUUGUGAAUUUUAAACCUUUAAGUGCCAUUGAAUAUUCACGAAAAAUUAUUUUUUCUAUAUAUAUAUAUAAUUUACACGUUUAUUUAUACAUUUUUAAGCACUAAUUUAAUUCCCUAUUUAAUUAUAGUAUUUUUAUCUUUUAAAACAAAUACUGUUUUUUGAAGAUGUAUAAAUUUAAUUUAAUUUUAAUAUCAGAACAAAUUGAAUAGUCUUAAAGCGUGCCUUGACAACGAAAAAAUACUCCAAUCAAAUAUUUAUGCAUAAUAUACUUAUAAAAAUUUUUACAAUAAGUAAAAAAUUCAAUGUUUAUAUUAUCUUAUUCAGUAAUGUU